AUGACACGCAUGAAACUUGAAGAGUCCAUGGCGCGAGGAGGAGGCGGACUGGCGGCGUUGCCGUCAGUGGCUUUCUUCGUGUAUACGCCAAGUAUUCUAAUAUCCCGGGGGGGGGGGGGGGGGGGGGUGAUUAUACCUUAUAUGGCCUUGUGGGGCAGGGCUCGUACAUGCCAUGUUAAAUUAUCGGAGAUCGAGGAGGCGAGGAGCUGGUUGACCGCCCCCAAUACGAGAAGCCCCGAUAAGGCACGGGACCUCGGCUGGUUCGUGCCGGCCCCCCGGGGGAUCGUUAUCACGUGUCCCUGUGUCGUCGUCCAAUCCCCCCCUGGCGCUUGA